UGAUAAAAUUGUCUUCUAUAGAAAACGUGGCGUGCAGGGCUGCAGUGCACAGAAACACUUAUCUUUCAUUUUUCGUGGCGCUGAAAAGGUUAACGAGUUACUACUGAACUAGGCCCUAUUGUCUCUGACCUUAGCCUUUUCCUGUGGAAACGACAGAAAAAAAAUUGUCAGUGUCAGUCAAGUGUCAAACCAUGACAGUGACAUACAGACAUUUCAAUUUCAAUUCAACCACAAACAAAAAAAAAAUUCUUCAUUAGUAUAGCACGUAAUAUUUUAAUUACAAAGUACAAGAUGUCAAAGGUCGAUUUGGUUGUGUUUGGGGCCACCGGCUUUACCGGCAAGAAGGUUGUCGAGGAGUUGGCCAGAGGGGAGAAGAAGUAUGCUGGCAUCAGCUGGGCUGUGGCGGGACGCGCUGAGAAGAAACUUGAGGCUGUCUUGAACGAAGUGGCCCAGAAGACGGGCGCGGACUUGUCCGGCGUGCGGCGCAUAGUUGCUGACGUAGGAGACAACGAUUCCCUGAAGAGCAUGUGCUCGCAAGCCCGCGUGGUGGUCAACGUGUGCGGCCCGUACCGGCUGUAUGGCGAGCCGGUGGUUCGCGCCGCCAUCGACAGCAAGGCACACUAUGUGGACGUGAGCGGCGAGCCUCAGUUCAUGGAGACGAUGCAAAUUGAGUACGGCGCGCAGGCGCGUGACGCAAACGUUUGCGUGGUCAGCGCGUGCGGCUGGGACAGCGUGCCCAACGACAUGGGCGUCGUCUUCCUGGACCAGAACUUCGGAGGCACUUUGAACUCUGUGGAGUCGUACAUAAGCUCCAAAAUCGCGCCCGAGGUGGCGUGGCAGGCGUUCUCGCGGGGCAGCGUCAACUACGGCACCUGGGAGUCUCUGGUCUAUGGCUUGGCCCAUUAUGAUGAGCUGGGGCCGCUGAGGAAGAAGCUGUACCCUACUUCCAUGCCCUCCUUCAAGCCGAAACUGCAGAACAAAGUCCUCCCUCACAAGGAAGGCGGCCACUGGUGCAUCCCAUUCCUGGGAGCCGACAACUCCAUAGUGUAUCGCACUCAGCGCACCCUCUACGAAACGGAAAACAAACGCCCGGCGCAAUUCCGCGCGUAUCUCAAAUUCCCCAACUUACUCUACGUGGCCAUGCUGUAUGUCUUCGGAACUAUAAUCAUGCUGCUAUCCAAAUGGCAGUUCACGAGGCAGUGGCUGUUGGACUAUCCCAGGAUAUUCUCGUGCGGGAUGGUGACGCGACAAGGCCCGCCACAGGAGGUCAUGGAUAACACGAGGUUCCAGUUCAAACUGGUUGGCAAGGGCUGGGCGGCGGGAGAAGAUGUGGACACCACUAAGCCGACUAAGACUGUGGUGGCUACGGUGGCGGGGCGCGACCCCGGCUACGGGUUCACAGCACUGGCGCUGACGCAGUGCGCCGCCACCAUCCUGCGCGAGCGAGACAGCAUGCCUAAGGAGGGUGGAGUGAUGACCACCGGGGUGGCAUUCCAGAGGACUAAUCUCAUCAAAAAUAUUCAGGAUAGCAACUUUGAAGUCAAAUUCGAGAUCGUCGAACCCAAAUAAAUAAAUAAGAAACAAUGGAAAUACGAGUACCUACUACCUAGACUAUGCAUUCCAACGGUAAACUAAACUUUAUUUCUCUAACGUUUUCUAGUCUGCGAUGUUUAAAUAAUAAAAUUAAAUAAAGCUUAUUCAAAUUAAUAAUAACGCGCACAAUUCUGAGUAAAAUAAAAACUAUUCCAUAACCUAAGCAUUUAUUUAUGUUAAGUAUUUAUGUUUUUUUAUUACUCAUACUUAGUACUCGUUGAAUAGGCUAGUUGCCUAAAAAAAUUUUUUUAGUCCGUAAUGUUUAAUAUCAAAAAAUAUUGGACACGUAUAAUUUUAUUUGUCAAUCUAACAAAUAAUUACAUAGUUAUGGUGCGUUGAAGUUGCGCACGACGUCACAACGUGCGGCAUUUUUAAGCAAGCGUUGACGUCACGGGCCUCUUCUUAUGAACUUUGGGGCGCUUUAUCUCUUUAAAUUUUCAUUAGUUUGAAAAAGUGAAAAAUACGAGUAGAGUAUUUUUUGAUAAAUUAACUGACGGACUAAUUAAAACUCUUGCUUUUUGACCCAGGCAACAUCCCCAUUGUUAUGUGUAUUAUUUUAUUUUUAUUUAUUUUACAUGUACUUCGUUAUCAUUCAUAUCUUAGUUUAAAAAGGUUAAUCGCAUUUAGAAUAUUAAUUUUACUAAAAUAUAAAUAAUAUGUAUUAUGAAUUUGAUCACGGGACAAAAAACUCUACAUAGCAGCUAUGUCAUAACAUACAUCCCUUUUCCACUAUAUCAAAAGCCAUUUUUUAUUUAGGUUGAAGCCAAACGAGCGUAAUUUACGACGCGUUUUUUGAGUCUACACAAAAAUUCUGUAUGAUCUUCACAACGACGCAAAAUGUGUUGGAACUUGAACGUUUAUUACGCUACGGAAAUUAUGCUCGUUUGGCUUCAGCCUUAAAUGCCUGGUUAUCCGUUAAACAAUAAUAUGAACUGAUUAAGUUUCGACAAAGUACUGACAAAGUUUGCGUUUCGUGUCCCGUGGUAGAUUCGACCAAGACGCCAAGCGGACUUGGUGCUCAUUGAAAGGUGCUGAUAUUAAUGUAGAUAAACUUGAACUUUUAAUUCGACUCGGAACUUGACAGUAGAACUGUCAAAAACCAUGACACAUAGUGGUAAAAAUAUUGUUAGUUUCUUGUUUAUGUACCUACUACUGAUUCGUAUUAAAAACUCAAGUUUUGGUAUGUAGAAACGUAAUUAUAGUUGAUAAUAAAAUAUUUACAUACUGCACUAAUAUAUAAAUAAUGCAUAUUUAUUUAGAUAUGUAUGUAUCUCUUAGUUUUUAUUUUUUAUAUCGAAUAAACAUAUAUUUCAA